AUUGGAGGGAUGAUUAAAUUAGGUAUAAUUUAUAUUAAAUCUUUGAGCACCAAUAUUGUAUGGAUUUAUGCAAAUAUAUUUGUUGAGUAUUUUUAGCAUAGUAGAUGAUGGUUUAUUUGAGAAAUAAAAUAUAGGGACAUAUUAUUUAUAUUUGAUGAUAAUUUUAAGUUUAAUUUUCUAUGGAUUUACAGCAUUUAAGGAUGUAUAUAAUAAUGAUAUAAUAAAGCCAGGAUUUGUUACAAUAAAUGAUUAUUAAUAUACAGAUAGUUCUAAUCCAUAUUAAAAGAAGAAAUAAUAAUAAUUUCAUGCACUUCCACGAAAUUCUCAAUUGAGAACAAAGGAAUAAAUAGCAGAGGAACAUAUUGAUUUAAAAGUGGAUAAUCAAAUAAAAGAGAAACCAAAGUAUAAUUAUGUGUCUAUAAUAUAAAGAAAUAAAGAUGAAUUUGAAAUGGAAUGUGAGGCAUCAAUUGAUGAAUAAAACUUUGCUGAUAAUGAUAUACCUAAUAUAGAGAAUAAUGUUAAAUCUUACGAGAAAACUCCUGAGAAAAGUAAGACACCUUCAAAAAUGAAUUCAUAAACGCAGAGUCCUCAUUAAAAUAAUAAUAUUGUUUCAUCAUAAAUAUUAUCUUAAGGGAGUACAAAUAAUAAUAAUAAGAAUAAUAAUACAAAUAGAUAAACUGAUCCUCCAUUUAAUUAUUAAUAAGAAAUAAUAAAUAUAGAAUAAGUUGAACAUUAAUAAUAAUCUCCAAAAUCAUCAAAUAAUGAAAAGAAUAUUGAUUAAAGUGUUCAUCAUGGGAAUAGCAUGUUUAUAGAAAAGAGAUAUUGUCCAAUUUGUAAUUAAGAUUAAAUCAUACGUUCUAAACAUUGUAGAAAGUGUAAUCGAUGCAUUGCCUUAUAUGAUCAUCAUUGUCCAUGGGUAUAAUUAUAUAUAUAUAGAUAAAUUUAAGACAAGUAAUUGUAUUGGAGAACGUAAUAGAUGUGUUUUUUAUUGGUUUCUCUUAUUUUAGAUUUAAGAAAUAGCAUAUGUGAUGAGAGAAGUAAAUAUAUGUAAAUAAUAUUAAUAAAGGCUUUUCCACAUAUAGAUUUCUCUUCUUAUAGUGGAUUAUUUUCCAUUUUAGUCAUCAUUAGUUUAUUAUUAUCAAUUUCAAUGGGAUUAAUGGUAUUAAGUUUAUUACUGUUUCAUUCUUUGUUGACUUUCAAAAAUAUGACUACUUGGGAAUAUAAGAGUUGGAAGAGAAUUUCGUAUCUUAAAGAUUUUCCAUAAUAGUUAGGGUCACCAUUCAGUACUGGAUGGAAACAAAAUCUUAGAUUAUAUUGUCGCUUCUCUGUACCCAAAUUGACUAAUUGGGAAUAUAGUAACUAAAAUCUAAAUUUUAUAAAAUGAAUAAUUAAUCAAUUAAUUAGAUAUAGUAAUAACAUCAAUACGAAGAAAUUGAAUAGGCUCUUCAAUUAUAAUGUGAUUUUGUUGACAAAAUUGUCUCCAAUUUAAAUGUUGUCAAUAAAGACCUCCUUAAUAUUCAAUCUUAACCAUUAGAAUUAUGGUAGAUUGAAAAAAAUAAUUAUAUCAAAUCUAUUGCAGAUCUUAAAGCAUAAAUUGAUAAAAUAUAAUCCCAUUAUGACUUAGAAAUAUCAUAAAGGGAAGAAUAAUUUUAAACUGCUUAAUUAAGUAAAUUACAUCUUUUACUAUUUAUUAGAAGUAUAAGAAGAACAUAAUCUUUUAAUCCAAUAUAAAGAUAAUUAAAUUCUUAAAUUAUAACAAGAAAUCAAAUUACUCAUUAAAUCCAAAGAAGACUUAUAAUCUUAAGUUUAAUAAAGUAAAAAAAUUACUAAUGAACCUAAUUCUGUUACAUAAAAGUUGUAAUUUGAAAAAGAAAUCAAUAAACUUAAAGAUGAAAAUAAAGCACUUAAAAUAUAAUUGUAAUAAUUAUAAGAUUAGAAUGCUAAACUUGAAGAAAAUUAACUAAGGAAACAUCAAUUAUUUUAAGAACAACUAAACAUAAAAUAAAAAGAAAUAAAUCAAGUUAAAGAACUUGCUUAAGUUAUUUUAGAUUAAAGAACAUAAAUAGAAGAUUUCUUUGUAGAAUCACUCUAAAAAUUAGAAUUGGGACAGGACUUAUAAAUUAAAUCUUUACCAUAAAGUGCUAAAAUAUAAAUAUUGAAAGAAAUUAUAGUAGCAUUUACAAAACAGAAACAUUGA